AUGAAUGACUUGUUCCCAAGCGAUCUGGCGUUUACCAAGCCAAACCGGGCAGGAGCCGGCGGGUCAGGGCAGGCAGCGACAGGGAGACCCGACACAGAGGCCGCAGGUUCCCCAGAUUCACUCCGCGCCGGCGGGGACAAGGAGAGCAGGUCCACGGGGCUGGAACAUCCAACCCGAACCCGCCACCGGUACCAACCAGGCAGCAGCAGGGUCCACGGGGCUGGAACAUCCAACCCAAACCCGCCACCGGUACCAACCAGGCAGCAGCAGGGUCCACGGGGCUGGAACAUCCAACCCAAACCCGCCACCGGCAGCAGCAGGGUCCACGGGGCUGGAACAUCCAACCCAAACCCGCCACCGGUACCAACCAGGCAGCGACAGGGUCCAGCAAACGUCGGGAGAUACAAAGGCGAGGUCCCGCUCCAUAUCCACCUCGAUCAGGACGCACCAACCCGGCCCUCAGCCUCACCAGACAGCCACUCCGCUCACCUCGACGGCGGUGACGUUUACGCCGCGGAGGUAGCACAGGAGUGCGGCAGAGACCAGAGCCUACAGUGCAAACUGAUCGCAGGGUCUAUGUCCCUGCCUGUGCUGGAGAAAAAGGGGGACAUCGUCUUGGGGGGACUCUUCUCCCUUCAUGACAUGGUGUUGGAGCCCAGUCUUUCCUUCACCUCUACACCUCCUCCUGCACAGUGCACCAGAUUUAACUUUCGGACGUUCCGUUGGAUGCAAACUAUGAUGUUUGCUAUAGAGGAGAUCAACAGAGAUGGCAAACUACUUCCAAACGUCACACUGGGCUAUAGGAUCUACGAUUCAUGCAGUACACCCCAUCAGGCUCUGAAGGCUGCCAUGGAGCUAGUGGGGAGAGAGAAGGGUUCAGGGGUAGAAGGCAUCUGUCAUGGGACUGUACCAGCAGUGAUAGGAGACGGAGGGUCUACACAGUCCCUCGUCGUGGCUCGUUUCCUGGGAGUCUUCCAUGUGCCACAGGUGAGUUAUUUCUCCAGUUGUGCCUGUCUCAGUGACAAAAAGGAGUUUCCUGCCUUUUUAAGGACCAUGCCCAGUGACUUUUUCCAGGUAGAUGCUUUAGUACAACUUGUUAAGCACUUUGGCUGGACUUGGGUGGGUGUGGUAGCAGGCGAUGAUGCCUAUGGCCGUGGUGGAGCGAACAUCUUUGCCGAUGAGGUUCGAAAGUUUGGCACUUGUGUUGCCCUUCAUGAGGUUAUCCCUAAAAACCGAGCACAGACCACCAUUUCAUCUAUAAUUUCCAAGAUCCGCUCCUCUGGGGCUCAGGUGAUUCUGGUGUUUGCCGUGGAACAAGAUGCAGCAGCAUUGUUUGAUGAAGCUCUCAGAGAGGGGCUUACUGGGAUACAGUGGCUGGCCAGUGAGGCUUGGAGCACAGCUGCUGUCCUCUCCACCCCCAGAAAGUACCACCACAUCCUCCAGGGUUCUAUGGGAUUUGCCAUUCGGCGAGCACACAUCCCGGGAUUGCAGGACUUUCUGCUUCGCUUACAUCCCUCGAGCCCAGAUGCCCUUGCAGAUCCCUUCCUGAUACCCUUCUGGGAAGAGGUGUUUCAAUGCAGCCUGGGUCUGCAGGCCGAAGGUCAGGAGCAUAAUGUUGAGGGUAAACCUCCGUGCUCUGGAGCAGAAGAGCUGGGAAAUGUGAAGAAUAUCUAUUCAGAUGUGUCACAGCUAAGGAUUUCAUACAAUGUCUAUAAAGCUGUGUAUGCUAUCGCCCAUGCACUCAAAGCUAUGAGAAGCUGUGUGAAAGGAAAAGGGCCAUUUCCUCUGCAGGCCUGUCCAGAUGAGGAAAAUAUACAGCCGUGGCAGCUACUUCAUUACAUAAAACAGGUGGAAUACUUGAACUCCUUUGGGGAUGAGACCAAAUUUGAUGAGAAUGGCGACCCUGCAGCCAUGUAUGACCUUGUGAACUGGCAGCUGAGACCAAAUGGAGAAAUGGAGUUUGUCACUAUUGGCAAAUUUGAUGAGACGACCACAGUUGUAAAUCAGAAGCUCCAGAUCCAGGAACAUAUCAUUGUUUGGAAUGGCAACAAAACCACAGUUCCCUUGUCAGUAUGCAGCAGCAUUUGUCCCCCAGGAACCCGGAAGGCAAUCAAACCUAACUUCCCUGUCUGCUGCCAUGAUUGUGUGGUUUGCACAGCUGGGGAGAUUAGCAAUCAGACUGAUGCCAUAGAGUGUGUGCGCUGUCUGCCAGAGUUCUGGUCAAAUGCUGAGAGGACAGCCUGUAUCCCAAAAAAAGUGGAGUUCCUCUCCUUUAGUGACACUAUGGGCAUCACCCUGAUGGCUAUUUCCCUCAUUGGGUCCUUCUGCACCUGUGUGGUGGCCUUCAUAUUCUCCUGUCAUAGACUCACCCCGAUUGUCAGGGCCAACAACUCUGAGCUGAGCUUCCUGCUGCUCUUCUCCUUGACUCUGUGUUUCCUGUGUUCUUUGACCUUCAUCGGCCGGCCCUCCGAGUGGUCCUGCAUGCUGCGACACACAGCGUUCGGCAUUACUUUUGUCCUCUGUAUCUCUUGUAUACUGGGGAAAACUAUAGUGGUGUUAAUGGCCUUUAAGGCGACACUUCCAGGCAGUAAUGUAAUAAAAUGGUUUGGGACUGUACAGCAAAAGGCAUUCAUUACUUUUUGUACACUGGUCCAGGUAAUUAUCUGUACAGUGUGGCUGGUUGUCGUUCCCCCAACUCCACGCCAACUGAUGCCACGUGAGAGCUUUAUCAUCAUUCUCUUAUGUGACGAAGGUUCACCCAUAGCAUUCGCUCUCGUUCUGGGCUACAUUGGCCUGCUGGCCUGCAUAUGCCUUAUCCUGGCCUUCCUAGCAAGGAAACUCCCAGACAACUUCAACGAGGCCAGGCUCAUCACCUUCAGCAUGCUCAUUUUUUGUGCCGUGUGGAUAGCCUUCGUUCCUGCCUACAUCAGCUCUCCGGGAAAGUACUCCACAGCCACGGAGGUGUUUGCUAUCCUGGCCUCCAGCUAUGGACUACUGGGCUGCAUCUUUGCACCAAAGUGCUACAUAAUCCUACUGAGGCCAGAGAAGAACACAUGGAAACAUCUGAUGUCAAAACCUGCCACUGUCAAAUAUUAG